UGCCGGCCCGCCCUGGGCUCCCCCGCCGCGCUGCGGAGCCAGGCCGGGAAGCCCACACUGGAGGGCCCGACGCCGGAGCCCCCCCACCCGCCGCAGCUGCACGCCUCGAUGCCGGAGCGCUGCUGGUGAGACCGCCGCAGGGUUCUGCGUCUGAGGAAGACAUAACCUUGUGCCUGCUUGCUCAGCCUGGCCUGGCCCUGCUGACCCUCAGUCUGAGACGCUGACCCUCCCUGCCCAGCCAAGGGUACCUUGGACACUGCUGUCUCCAGACCCGUGCGGCUGAGUAGACUCAGGCUGUUGUCACACCUGAAGGGACGGAAGAGUGGGCAGUCAAGGCACCAGAGCAAGAGCCCUCUGGGGCCUCAGGCAGAGGAGUGAAACUGGAACCAUCAGGGAACAUGAGUGAAUUUUGGCAUAAAUUGGGUUGCUGUGUGGUAGAGAAACCCCAGCCGAAGAAGAAAAGGAGACGAAUUGACCGGACCAUGAUUGGGGAACCAAUGAAUUUUGUCCACCUGACUCACAUUGGCUCUGGGGAGAUGGGGGCCGGAGAUGGACUUGCCAUGACAGGUGCAGUUCAGGAGCAGAUGAGAUCCAAGGGAAACCGAGACAGGCCAUGGAGCAAUUCUAGGGGAUUGUAGCUCCAAUAGAAACGGCUCUGCUGUCUGAAGCCUCUGCUCCGUGUCCAGCCCAGAAGAGAUGGUGCCCCCUCCUCGAACCAGUGACCCCAGGGCCCCUCUUUUCCCUUUUUGCCUAUUAGUGCCUCAGAAGGCUUGGGGGCUGGACUCCCUCUCUUCCCUCUGGCUCUAGCCCCUCCUGGAGAUGGGCUCAAGGCAGCAGGACUGACCAAGUGACUACUGGUUGGCCAGAGGAGCUCAGCUGAAGCCCUGGACACUCUCAGAUCUGAGAUAGGAGUUUUCUGGGAACCUGGAAGGCAUUCCCUUCUCCUGAAUGACGGUCUAGGUGCCAUCUGUUUUUAAACUCUUAACCUGGAACUCCUUAAAUGGGGUAGGUGGGUGAGAUUACCAAAGCUGAAGCCGGCUUUGCCGAGAAGCUCCUUACCUCCCUGCCCUUCUCCAUUUUCCUCCUGGAAUGAACUGAAACAGACGUCAAGCAGGGGGUAGGAGGGUGACCACUGCCUAGUCUAUAUAUUCUUUCUCUUUAGGUCCCAAAACUUAAGCUCGAUUUCUCUCUGCCACUACCAGCUCUUUCUCCAGGAGGCCUCUAACCCUGUUUCUGCAGCAUUGUGAGUUCUCCAACAUCUUUUUAAAUUAAUUAAAAGUUUAAUUUAAGAUGAGUUCUCUUAAUUACCCCCCUCUUUCUACUACCUCUGCCUUCAGCCCUACCCCCAUUAGGAACCUUAUUGUUUCCCACUGAAUGAAAGCUAAGGUAAGAAGUGGGUCUUAACCUGAUGGGAUCCCAUUUAAGUCUUGGGGACCUGGCCUGCCCUCUGCCAAUCUCCCUGCUGGCUCAGGUGAGGAGGAAGAGGGAUCUGGAGAGAAACUCAGAAUGCUGCAAAACUAAGAGGUAUGUCUGAGAAUGUAUAUCCUAACCAUUGAGGAUGAGAGGCGUGGUAGGUUGAAAACAAUCUGUGAGGUUAGGGAUGUUAGAUCCUCACCGCAUGGGAGCCGAGAAACCUCCAGAGCAAGGAUUCUCAACCUCGGCACUUCUGACAUUUGGGUUGGAUAAUUCUUUGUAAUGGGGGACUGUCCUGCGCAUUAUAGGAUGUUCAGUAGGGUGUCUGUCCUAGUUAUGACAGCCAAAAAUGUCCCCAGGUAUUGCCAAAUGUCUCCUAGGAGGCAAAAUCACCCCUAAGUGAGAACCACUGCUCGAGAGUCCAGGUAUUUUUCUCCAAAGUGUUUUCCCCACCCUACUCUCAUCCCAUCAUUCACCCUAAGCCUGAGCCACAGAUGAACCAGGCCCUCUUGCAAAGUAGGCUUACUAGGGCCGCACACAAUGUUGAAAACGGCCCUUUAUUUGAUGUGUUGCUUGUGCUUUGCAUGGGUUCAUGUCUCUGGUGGAUUGUACUGUUCUCCAUUCUUCUUUGGAGGAGGGGUUCCUGAAGUGUGGAGGCAUGAACUGAGCAUGGUGAGAUUGGGGAAGGGAGGGAGAAAAAAGGAGAGCCAUAGACACCCAAGUUUAUCCUCUGCAAACUUUAAGCUCCAUUUCUGUGCUCUAGUCCUAGAACCAGACACAAAUUAAGACUCAGGGAGUUUUGUCUGAAGACCAGGUCCCACUCCCCACCUGGCUGAAGAGUCUGUGUUAGGUGGG